AAGAAACGAAAGUUAUUGGAUCCUAAAAAAGCAGGUAUUUUGUGUACCUCAAUCUAGUAUUGCUGUUCUGUUUUAAGAUGGCAACAUUCCUGUCACAAGAAGAUAUAAAUUUUCUACGAUUAGCUGGUUUGUUGAUAAGAGUCGCACCACGUGCUGUAAGACGAAAGUUUGACUUUGAAUUCCAUCCAGAACAGCUACAACAAUUUUUGAGAGAAAAGCGAGGCAAUAUAGAUGACCUAAGACGUAACAAGAGAGUAAUUACAUUGGCACAGUAUGAUUUAUUAUAUCCUAGAGGCUCUACAGGAGUAUUAUCAGACAUGUUUGAUGUAUCAUUAAUGGCAUGUUUACUCAGACAUUUCACAGAUCUAGACAUCCAAGAAAGUCUUCCAGUGAAAAUAAACCAUUCUGUUGCUGCAGAUAUUUCCAGGAUAAAAUUUUACAGAAACUCCAUUGUUCAUUCUGACAGCGGUAAAGUCGACGAAGACAAGUUCUUGGAGAUUUGGAACUGUGUGACUGAGGCAAUACUCAGGCUAGCACCAGAAAUGAAGCAAGAGAUUGAUGCGUUGAUAAGUUCAUCGUUAACUAAUGUCACUGAUAUCAUAGAUUGUAUACGGCUUGAGAAACAGUUAAAAAAAACAAAUCAGCAUAUGGUAACAAUCAACAAGAAAUUAGAGACGCUAGAAAUAGAAAAAAAUAAUAUAACAGAAAUACAACAACGAACUUUGAAAGAAUGGAGAAAUAAUGGCAAAAAAUACAUUCCUACCUCAGCAACAAUGUUUAUACUAGAAUCAUUAAACAAAACGACGGGUGUUAUUAUUACUGGAUCUCCAGGCUGUGGAAAAUCUGCAGUCGCUCAUCAUGUAGCAUUGGAAUUAGAAAAGGAGAAAUACGAUAUAAUUCCUUGUGAUGAUCCUUCAGGAAUCAUUAAGCAUUUUACAAAAGAUAAAUUCCAAGUUUUUGUAAUUGAUGACGUUUGUGGUAAAUUCUCUCUUAAUCAACAAAAAGCAGAAUCAUGGGAGCAAAAAGAUUGCAAAUUAAGUAUGCUAAUUGAGUCUUGUAAUCUGAAUGACGACGAUGACGAAAAUGAUAGCAAAUCAGUGCAUAAGUUUAUCAUUACGUGCAGGGAAAAUAUAUAUGUUCACGAGACAUUCCCAAAACUUACUUGUUUUUCACUUGUACAAUGCAGCUUUAGUACCGAAUACAAAAUUACUCCAGAAGAAAGGAGGACUAUUGCAAUGUCGUAUGUACCUGAGAAUAUAGUGAACGACAUAGAAAAUAUUUGUCUGUACGAUUUUUUCCCUCUUUUAUGUUCUCUGUACUGUACAAACCUUAAUCAAGAUCAUAGAUUCUUUACCCAUCCUGUUGAAAUAAUUGGAAAUGAAAUCAUAAAAAUGAAAAAACAAUCUACAUCAUCUUUUCUCUGUAUUUCUCUCCUUGUUCUUAGAAAUAAUAAAUUUUGUAUAGACGAAUUAAGAUCCGAGGAUGUGCAACAGCUAGUUAAUGCUAUAUGCUGGGAAUGUAAAAUCGAACCUGUAUCCAUUGUAACGAUAUUUAACAGUUUUGAGUGUCUUAAAGGUGUCUAUAUUACAGAAUCGGAUGACUUCUACACAGCAAUUCACGACAAAAUGUUUGACAUCAUAUCAGCAGCUAUUGCACCAUUUAUAAUAAAAUGUUUAAUAGACCACGUUGAUAUUGCAUUCCUGGCAAAUCGUGCGUACAUUUCAUCAUUUACUCAAAAUAGUGUUCCUUUUGUUAUUCAAAUACCACAAGAGUUCGAAAGCCAAUUUCUACAACGACAAAUAAAAGAUGCAAUGAAGGGCAAAUACUGGGAAGUAUUUGGAAGCAUUCAAACAGAAAAUGAGGCAUAUAGAAAACUACUUCUAUCGUUUCUGAAAGAACAAGACACAUGUCAGCAAAUUUCGUUUGAUUUCGAUGAAGAUGGGAAUACGCCUUUGUAUGUAUCAUCUCAUUUGGGAUACAUUGAUUUUGUAGAACAUUUUGUAGUAAAUUAUCCGUAUCACAUAGAGGUUAAAGACAAUGAGGGUAGGUCUCCAUUUUAUGUCGCAUGUGAAAAGGGUCAAAUUGCAGUCGUUAGAUAUUUAAUGAAAUAUAAUGAGAACAUUGAUACAAAAAAUAUGGAUAACACAACAGCAUUAUCGGCAACCUGCCUUAAUGGUCACACUGAGGUUGCUCAACUGUUAUUAGACAACAAAGCAGAUAUCAACAGUAGAGAUACUUAUGGACAAACUGCUUUACAUUCAGCCUGCCAAAAUGGACACGCAGAAACUGUGAAAAUAUUGAUGGAAUUUGGCAUGAAUGUCAAUCAGAAAGAUAAAAAUGGUAGAACACCACUGUAUGUUGCCUGUAAACAUGGUUGUUAUGAUACAGUGAAAUACCUACUUGAUUUAAACGACCAAGCAUUAAUAAGUCGUGUAGAUACAACAAUAAAAAACGACAAAGGAUUUUCAGUUUUACAUAUAGCAUGUUUCGAAGGACAUUUAGAGGUAGUAAAGUUAUUGAUUGACGUUGGUAUGAAUCUUAAUGAUACAACAAAUGCAGGUUCUACACCACUUCACAUGGCUUGUCAGAAUGGUCAUUAUGAAACAGUGAAAUUCUUACUUGACUUAAAUCGCCAAGUAUUAAAUAGUCGUGUCGAUACUACCAUUAAACAGAAAGAUGGAUUGUCAAUUUUACAUAUAGCAUGUUUCAAAGGACAUUUAGAGGUAGUAAAGUUAUUGAUUGACGUUGGUAUGAAUCUUAAUGAUACAACAAAUGCAGGUUCUACACCACUUCACAUGGCUUGUAAGAAUGGUCAUUAUGAAACAGUGAAAUUCUUACUUGACUUAAAUCGCCAAGUAUUAAAUAGUCGUGUCGAUACUACCAUUAAACAGAAAGAUGAAUGGUCAGUUUUACAUAGAGCAUGUUUCAAAGGACAUUUAGAGGUAGUAAAGUUAUUGAUUGACGUUGGUAUGAAUCUUAAUGACACAACAAAUGCAGGAUAUACACCACUAUACAUGGCUUGUCAGAAUGGUCAUUAUGAAACAGUGAAAUACUUACUUGAUUUAAACGGCCAAACAUUAAAUAGUCGUGUUGAUACUUCCAUAAAAGAGGAAGAUGGAUGGUCAGUUUUACAUAUAGCAUGUUUAAAUGGACAUUUAGAGGUAUUAAAGUUAUUGAUUGACGUUGGUAUAAAUCUUAAUGAUACAACAAAAAUCAAUUCUACACCACUACACAUGGCUUGUCAGGAUGGUCAUUAUGAAACAGUGAAAUACUUACUUGACUUAAACUGCCAAGUAUUAAAUAGUCGUGUCGAUACUACCAUUAAACAGACAGAUGGAUGGUCAGUUUUACAUAUAGCAUGUUUCCAAGGACAUUUAGAGGUAGUAAAGUUAUUGAUUGACGUUGGUAUGAAUCUUAAUGACACAACAAAUGCAGGAUAUACACCACUAUCCAUGGCUUGUCAGAAUGGUCAAUUUGACAUAGUGAAAUACUUACUUGAUUUAAACGGCAAAACAUUAAAUAGUCGUGUUGAUGCAACCAUUAAAGGGAAAGAUGGAUGGUCAGUUUUACAUAUAGCAUGUUUCGAAGGACAUUUAGAGGUAGUAGAGUUAUUGAUUGACGUUGGUAUGAAUCUUAAUGACACAACAAAUGCAGGAUAUACACCACUAUCCAUGGCUUGUCAGAAUGGUCAAUUUGACAUAGUGAAAUACUUACUUGAUUUAAAGGACAAAACAUUAAAUAGUCGUGUUGAUACUACCAUUAAACAGGAAGAUGGAUUUUCAGUUUUACAUAUAGCAUGUUUAAAUGGACAUUUAGAGGUAGUACAGUUAUUGAUUGACGUUGGUAUGAAUCUUAAUGACACAACAAAUGCAGGUUCUACACCACUUUAUCAGGCUUGUCUGAAAUGUCAAUUUGACAUAGUGAAAUACUUACUUGAUUUAAACGACAAAACAUUAAAUAGUCGUGUUGAUACUACCAUUAAAGAGAAAGAUGGAUUUUCAGUUUUACAUAUAGCUUGUUUAAAUGGACAUUUAGAGGUAGUAAAGUUAUUGAUUGACGUUGGUAUGAAUCUUAAUGAUACAACAACAAUCAAUUGUACACCACUAUACAUGGCUUGUCAUAAUGGUCAUUAUGAAACAGUGAAAUACUUACUUGAUUUAAACGACAAAACAUUAAAUAGUCGUGUUGAUACUACCAUUAAACAGAAAGAUGGAUGGUCAGCUUUACAUACAGCAUGUUUCAAUGGACAUUUAGAGGUAGUAAAGUUAUUGAUUGACGUUGGUAUGAAUCUUAAUGACACAACAACAAUCAAUUCUACACCACUAUACAUGGCUUGUCAUAAUGGUCAUUAUGAAACAGUGAAAUACUUACUUGAUUUAAACGACAAAACAUUAAAUAGUCGUGUUGAUACUACCAUUAAACAGAAAGAUGGAUGGUCAGCUUUACAUACAGCAUGUUUCAAUGGACAUUUAGAGGUAGUAAAGUUAUUGAUUGACGUUGGUAUGAAUCUUAAUGACACAACAACAAUCAAUUCUACACCACUACUCAAGGCUUGUCAUAAUGGUCAUUAUGAAACAGUGAAAUACUUACUUGAUUUAAACGACAAAACAUUAAAUAGUCGUGUUGAUACUACCAUUAAACAGAAAGAUGGAUGGUCAGCUUUACAUACAGCAUGUUUCAAUGGACAUUUAGAGGUAGUAAAGUUAUUGAUUGACGUUGGUAUGAAUCUUAAUGACACAACAACAAUCAAUUCUACACCACUAUACAUGGCUUGUCAUAAUGGUCAUUAUGAAACAGUGAAAUACUUACUUGAUUUAAACGACAAAACAUUAAAUAGUCGUGUUGAUACUACCAUUAAAGAGACAGAUGGAUGCUCAGUUUUACAUAUAGCAUGUUUGAAAGGACAUUUAGAGGUAGUAAAGUUAUUGAUUGACGUUGGUAUGAAUCUUAAUGAUACAACAAAAUUCAAUUCUACACCACUACACAUGGCUUGUCAGGAUGGUCAAUAUGAAACAGUGAAAUUCUUACUUGACUUAAACUGCCAAGUAUUAAAUAGUCGUGUCGAUACUACCAUUAAAGAGACAGAUGGAUGGUCAGCUUUACAUAUAGCAUGUUUCAAUGGACAUUUAGAGGUAGUAAAGUUAUUGAUUGACGUUGGUAUGAAUCUUAAUGAUACAACAACAAUCAAUUCUACACCACUAUACAUGGCUUGUCAUAAUGGUCAUUAUGAAACAGUGAAAUACUUACUUGACUUAAACUGCCAAGUAUUAAAUAGUCGUGUUGAUACUACCAAUAAAGAGGAAGAUGGAUUUUCAGUUUUACAUAUAGCAUGUUUCAAUGGACAUUUAGAGGUAGUAAAGUUAUUAGUCGACGUGGGUAUGAAUCUGAAUGAUACAACAAAUGCAGGAUAUACACCACUUUAUCUGGCUUGUCUGAAAGGUCAAUUUGACAUAGUGAAAUACUUACUUGAUUUAAACGGUCCAGAAAUAAAUAGUCGUGUCGAUACUACCAUUAAAGAGGAAGAUGGAUUUUCAGUUUUACAUAUAUCAUGUUUCCAAGGACAUUUAGAGAUAGUAAAGUUAUUGAUUGACGUUGGUAUGAAUCUUAAUGAUACAACAAAUGCAGGUUCUACACCACUUUAUCUGGCUUGUCGGAAAGGUCAAUUUGACAUAGUGAAAUACUUACUUGAUUUAAACGGUCCAGAAAUAAAUAGUCGUGUCGAUACUACCAUAAAACACAAAGAUGGAUCGUCAGCAUUACAUCAAGCUUGUUUCAAUGGACAUGCUGAAAUACUCAAGUUAUUGAUUGAUAUCGGUAUGAAUAUUAAUGAAAGAGACAAUUAUGGAAGAACAGCUGUUCACUUAGCUUGUUUGAAGGGACAUGGUGACAUUGUGAAGAUUUUAAAGGAUAAUUGUGCCGAAGUAGAAACACUUGAUAGUGACAGACGUACGCCAUUAAUGUGUGCUAAAGACAAAGGUUAUUCCGAUAUUAUGAAACUUUUGAUAGAAUAAAUUGAACAACGUUACGAAGAGUAUGAUAAAGAGCGUAUAAACAUUGUAAACACAACCAAUUGAGCACUAUAUAGGGUUAUCAAUUUAUUGAGACUUUAACUGACUUUUUGUUUCUUUUUAGAUUUUGUGACGUCUAACUUUAAAUGAUAAUGAUUUCUUAAUACGUUCAAUAUACAUAUCUUAUUAGUUAACAAGUAAGUCAAUAUUUGACAAUUUAUACAAGU